AUUAUUAUCAUAAUAACGAUAAGAAUAUCUGAGCCAACUAAAAAUAUACCUUUUCGUAUUUGACUAAAUUUUGCAUUGAACUGUUUACGUUAACGUGUUGUUUGAAAAACACUUUUAACUGUUGAACAUUAACAAAAUAAUAAUAUUUAUUUAGUAUUUGUAUUUUUAUCUGCUAAAAAGAGUUAAUAACUUCAAAGUAUUUGAAAAUCAAAACAGACUUUAAGUUAUAAAUGAACUAUUGAAACAUUAACUAUAGAAUUUCAAGCGGUAAAACGUUUUGAAAAAGAAAACUUUAAAAAGUUAAAUAAUUCCAAAAUGGUUGUGACGUGUGAUAUACAAUUUGAAAAUAAUCCAGAAGCCACAUUUUAUGCUGGCCAAGUAAUAACGGGUAAAAUUACCUUAACGGCAGAUAAAAUAAAACAAGUAAAAGCUGUUACUUUAAAAAUAAGUGGUGCGGCAAAAACCAGAUGGACUGAGAAAAGCUCUACUACUAGUACUAAUAAUAAUAGUAGUACUAGCAGUAGUAGUGAUACCACUUACUGGGGUCAGGUGGACUAUAUGAAUACCUUAACUAGCUUAUUAACACCAAACGCUACAGAUCAAGCUGUAAUAAUUGAACCUGGUAUUCAUACAUUUAGUUUUGCCUGUCAUAUACCUGCAAACUGUCCUUCAUCUUUUGAAAGUUUUAGGGGUAAUAUACGUUAUAUCAUACAGGUUGCUUUAGUACGACCCUGGAAAUUUGAUCAAACAUUUACUAGGCCUUUUACUGUACUCUCUAUCAAAAAUUUAAAUUACGAUACUCCUCUGUUAAAGCUUCCUAUUACCUCCGAUAUUUCGAAAAUUUUCUGUUGUGGUCCCUGUAAAAGUGAUCCCUUACAAAUAAAUGUUCAUCUACCACAAACUGGUUUUGUACCGGGUCAACUUAUACCGGUUAAUAUAUUAGUAACAAACGAAACAUCGGCACGUAUUAAUGAAAUUUGUGUACGUUUGGUAAUGAUAAUAACUUUGUUUAGUACACAUCCAACACGUAGAAGUAACACGGAACGUAAAACUGUUUCAAAAUUAAUAGGUGAUCCAGUCUUAAGACAUAGUAAAAAACAAUUUAAUUAUUUACUACCUAUACCUGCCACACCACCCACAUGUUCCACCCUCUGCAAUAUUAUACAAAUUGCAUAUCAUAUAGAAGUGGAGGCAAAAAUGCAGGGUAUGUUGUAUACCAAUCAAUGCAUUCAGUUACCGGUUACCAUUGGUAAUGUUCCUUUACAAAUGGAUGGUAUGGUGGUGCAACAACAACCCAUGCGUAGACAAAUUGGCUACGAGUCCAACGGUAUGGCAGCUGCAGAAAAUAAUAAUGAUGCUUCAACUAGUAAUAGAAAUAUGGAACCAUGGUCAACCAUAGGCAAUAUACCUCCUCCCGUAUACAUGCCAGCCACUCACAUGUCCGAGGCUAAACUUUCUGAAGAUUCUGCUCAUGAUUAUGGUGAAAAAAAUUUUUCUCCCAAAUAUCCAGUUUUCAAUAUACCAAGUCCUACUAGCCCUCUGCCCUGUACUGCGGAUGAAACAGAUGGUCCUGCUGUACCACCGACAGUAACAGAUCCUGAUAAAACUACUUGGCUGUAAAAUAAAUUGUUGUUUGUUUUGUUAUAUUUAUAUUUUUGUAAUAAAAAGUUUUCAACCUCCUC